AUUCUUGUCUUCCUCGCUACUGCACACGAGAAAGUCUCGCGUCCUUCUUCUCCCUCCCUCUCUCUCUUUUCUCUGUCUGUAUAACCAUAAAAACAAACCCAACGGGGCAUUGAGAAUUCUAUACUACUAUAGAGUCCAUUGAGAUCUAGAGGGAGAAAAUCAAGAAACCAAAAGCAAAAUAAGAAUGAGAGAACCAGUUGAGACGACUAACGCUUCUUCACUAUUACCACCACCAUCACUCCCACCGCCAUUGCCAUCUUCGCAACCUCCGCAAGCUUUACUCGAGAGGCUUAAAGAUUAUGGUCAGGAAGACGCUUUUGCCCUUUGGGAUGAGCUUUCACCUGACGAGCGUGACCUUCUUGUUAAGGACAUCGAGAAUUUAGAUCUUCCAAGGCUGGAUCGGAUAAUUAGAUGUUCGCUUAGCUCACAAGGAUUACCGGUGGCGGCAAUAGAGCCGGUGCCAGAGGGAAGUGUGUCCACUGUGGAAGAGAGAACGAUGGAAGAUAGAGAGAGGUGGUGGAAAUCGGGAUUGAAAGCAAUCUCUGAUGGCAAGUUAGCGGUUUUGCUUUUAUCCGGUGGCCAGGGAACAAGGCUGGGAAGUUCAGAUCCAAAAGGAUGUUUUAAUAUUGGACUUCCAUCUGGCAAGUCCCUUUUUCAACUUCAAGCUGAGAGAAUACUGUGUGUCCAAAGAUUAGCUGCCCAAGCUGCCAGUGAAGGUUCUCGUGGUUCAGUGCCAAUACAUUGGUACAUUAUGACCAGUCCGUUUACUGAUGAAGCCACACGCAAAUUUUUUGAAAGUCACAAGUUUUUCGGUCUUGAAUCUGAUCAAGUGACCUUUUUCCAGCAAGGCACCAUACCUAGUGUCUCAAAGGAUGGCAGAUUCAUCAUGAAGAAUCCAUUCAAGGUAGCUAAGUCUCCAGAUGGGAAUGGAGGAGUGUACACAGCUCUGAAAUAUUCAAGAUUAUUAGAAGAUAUGGCCUCAAGAGGGGUUAAAUAUGUGGAUUGCUAUGGAGUUGACAAUGCAUUGGUCCGUGUGGCUGAUCCAACCUUUUUGGGAUAUUUCAUUGACAAAGGUGUUGCUGCUGCUGCAAAAGUUGUCCGUAAGGCGUAUCCCCAAGAAAAGGUUGGUGUAUUUGUGAGGCGAGGUAAAGGAGGACCUCUCACUGUUGUUGAAUACAGUGAGUUGGACCAGUCACUAGCUUCAGCAGUCAAUCAGCAAACUGGACGCCUUCGUUUUUGUUGGAGUAAUGUGUGUUUACACAUGUUUACUUUGGAUUUUCUAAAUCAAGUGGCAAAUGCUCUCGAGAAAGACAGCAUUUACCAUCUAGCAGAGAAAAAAAUUCCUUCAAUUCAUGGAUUUACUUUGGGAUUUAAACUAGAGCAAUUCAUAUUUGAUGCAUUUCCAUAUGCUCCUUCAACUGCCCUUUUUGAGGUAUUACGCGAAGAAGAGUUUGCACCAGUAAAAAAUGCCAAUGGAUCAAAUUUUGAUACUCCGGACAGUGCUCGGCUGCUUGUGCUUCGGCUCCAUACUCGUUGGGUAGUUGCUGCAGGUGGCUUCUUAACGCAUUCAGUGCCCCUAUAUGCAACUGGUGUGGAGGUAUCCCCACUUUGCACCUACGCCGGAGAAAACUUAGAAGCAAUCUGUCGCGGAAGAACAUUCCAUGCGCCUUGCGAGAUUUCGUUCUAGUUGUGAUCGACGUUAAAAAUUUGUGCAGCUCCAGUUUAGUUAAAACUGGAAUGAGGUUCAUCUCUUCCACCGCAUGCGAUCAGAUAAGCUGGUGACUGAGAUGCUAAUAUACACAGUUUUAAGGCUUUGUUGUAUUUUAAGCAUAUUAUGUCUGAGAGAAGUGCAAAUUUUACCCAUGUAUAUUGUACAAAUUGUUGAGCAAUGAGUUCGGUUGAUAGAUUGUGUGCCAUGGUAAUGGCAGCCCCUUUUUUUUCACAGCCUAAAUGGGUAAUAGAACUUGGGUUGUUUGUUGUUUGUAACAUUAUUUGUGUAUUAGUGAAUUCAAUAUAAGCUUUUGUUUUUCAGCA